ACAUCUUUUGUCUUCAGGUAAAAUAAGUAAGAUCAUUUUUUUUGCUCAAUUGUAAACAAAAAUCAUUACAAUACUAACGGGAAAUUCGCUUCACUUUUUAACUACGGAAGUUCCUAAUUGCUUGCCUAAAAAAACGUUAUAAAUGUAACAACUUUUUGCAUUGGAUCUUAGUUGGCUUGUAACUGUUUGAGACGUUGCUGUGACAAAGUUCUAAAAUGUUCUUCUUUUUGCUGUUGACACUUUCUGUUUUUGAGGUUGAAAGUGUUACUCGGAAUGCUAGCUGUCCCAUUGUUAGACCAAGGGAGUUGGAUUUAUUUGAGCUCGAUGGUAAAUGGUACCUCGCAGCCGUGGCCACAGAUAUGAACAUUCAAGGCGAUUGCGCUAUGGUGGUAUUCAGCCAUAAGAACACCAAUACAACAGAUGUGUCUAUAAGCUGGAUUGUCAAUAACACUGCCAGUUACUUCAACGGAUCUGUCGCACUUACUAGUAACAGCAAUGGAGAUGAUUUUUUGAUGGUUACUUAUACUGAUAAAAAAACCGAAACUUACUCAGUGUUGGACGUGGACUACGAGCACUAUGCUGUGAUUUUUGCGUGUUACGAUGAUCCUGAUGGAAACAGCAGUAGUUAUGAGCUAUGGAAAUUAACUCGAUCACCGCAUCUGAAGAAGACAGACGCAUUAAAACUGGACCAAGCUGUGGGCAACUACAGCCUUCAGUCUACCCCGUUCAUGUUCUUCAACAACACUGAAGAUUCUUGUCGGAUCAACGCUGGGAACCAUUUGAAUCCUGCGGCUUUAGUAAUGACAUCAGCUGCUGCUCUUACUUUGUUUAGACGGCUUUAUUAA